GUUUUCGUGUGUUAAAAAAAUCCAGACAUUAGCGCCUCUGGUGAGUUGCGCAACAGCCACGAGUUCAGCAGCAUUGUAACUUUUUGGCGCCAACCGACAGUAAGGCGCUAUAUAUUCCAUUUCUAAAACAAUUAUCUUGAAAAAUUAUGCCGCCAAGGAAAGCAACAAAACGACCAGCUUCGGCUCCAGCAAAAAGCCAACGGGAGCCAAAACAAAUAAGGAAAAAACAAGAAUUAGUUGUGAAACCCGAUUUACGGCAAUCUGCGACUGGCGGCGUAAUAUUAGUAUUUGGACAAGGCGAUGUCGGACAACUUGGUUUAGGAGAGGAAGUUGUUGAAAAAACACGUCCAGCAACUGUUCCUGGAUAUCAAGAUGUUGUAUCUAUAGCAGCUGGUGGUAUGCACAAUGUGUGCUUAAGACAAACUGGAGGAGUAUUAACAUUUGGUUGCAAUGACGAAGGAGCAUUGGGACGAGAUACGUCUAGAGAUGGUUCUGAAACUGAACCAGACUCUGUUGACCUGCCCGGCAAAGCUAUUCAGGUGACAGCUGGGGAUUCUCAUAGUGCUGCUUUAUUAGAAGAUGGACGAGUAUUUGCAUGGGGUUCCUUCAGGGAUUCUCAUGGCACCAUGGGUCUAACUCUAAAUGGAAACGAACGGUUCCCGAUAGAAAUACUGCCUAAUGUAAAAAUAGUUAAAAUAGCAUCUGGUGCUGAUCACUUAGUAUUACUUGAUAAAAAUGGGCAUAUAUACACGUGUGGAUGUGGAGAACAAGGUCAAUUAGGACGAGUAGCUGCUAGAGCAGCUAGUAGAAAUACCCGUCAUGGUAUGGGACCUUUAUUAACUCCUGGAUUAGUUGAAUUUAAAGUUACUAAGAAAUUAGAGUUUAAUGAUAUAUGGGCCGGAACAUAUUGUACAUUUGCUAAAGAAUAUCAGAAGGGAGAUAUAUAUGUAUUUGGGCUAAAUAAUUAUUAUCAAAUUGGCUUGAAAGAUCCUGUUACUCAUUUUCACCCACAAAUUUCAAAAACCUUUAGUGGAAAGACCUGGAGGCACAUUAGUAGUGGACAACAUCAUACAAUUGCUCUAGAUGAUUCUGGUCAAGUAUUUGUUAUGGGCCGUAAAGAAUAUGGCCGCCUUGGACUUGGAUCUAACUGUUUGGAUGCAAAAGAAUUAACACUAGUUCCUAGCUUAAGUUCCUUUAAAUGUAUUGACAUUGCAGCAGGCAGUGCCCAAUCGUUUGCUGUUACUGAAUUAGGAGAUUUAUAUUCAUGGGGUAUGGGUUCAAGUGGCCAGUUAGGUACAGGAGAAGAAGAAGAUGUUGAGAUACCUACACUAGUCAAAGGAAAGCAAUUGGAAGGGAAAACAGUGAUACGAGUUGCAGGUGGAGGACAACAUACACUAGCAUUAGCGACAAUUCAUCCGGUAAAGGAGAAAACUGCUGGUUAACGAUAAAUAAUUCCUUAAAUUGAAAUUUGAACUGUUUCACACAUGAUGUGAUAAUAAUUUGGACAACGAAAGGAAGAAGAACAAUUUUCAUUCUCCUUAAACAAAAAUUGCACUAAAGGGGAAAAUAAGAAUAUUACGGUAUAACGUAAUUUCAAUAUUAAUAUGAUACUUAAAUUUGUACAUAAUUUUUUGUGCUACCAAAAAUAUCAUUGUGUUUAUAUAUCGACUGAGUUUUUGAUUGUAUUGUUAGUUUUUCUACUUAAUUAUGUAUUACGAUGAAAUAAACAAUUUUCUACUUACAAAUCGUAUGUUAAAAAGGAAAAGAAAAUCGUUUUUGUUGUACAAGACAGCAACAAAUUGAAUUUUUAUUUAGUCAGUUCGAAAUAUUAAAUGAUUUGCUAAUUAUAUUUACAUUAUUCAUACUGUACAAUUGAAUAUAGAAUAAAUUUGUUACUACACUUUA